AUGCCACGUAAUAAAAUAUCCGACAUUGUCGAAGGGCGUAUUUUGCAACUAUUACGUUGGGGAUAUUCUCAGUCUCUUAUUGUGAACAUUUUGAAACUUGAUGGUAUACAUGUAUCUCAACCUACUGUGUCAAAUGUCGAACAAAAGAUCGGUCGUCAAAGAAAUUCCGAAUCAAAAAUUAAAAUUUUUCGAAAGAAGCCAUCACAAACACCUUCUAUUAUUAAGAAGGUUAUUGAAAAGAUUGAUGUUAAAGAACCACCAACUCAACGUGCUAUUGCUAAAGACCUUCACAUUAGCCAAUCGACUGUCUCGAACAUUAUCAAAAAUUCUGGAUUUACUCUUCGAAAGAAACAAAAAGUUCAAAAGUUAACAUCAUCGAAUGUUAUGAAACGUGGACAACGAUCAUUUAAACUUUAUCGUCGAUUAGCACGUGGUCGAUAUAAGAACUUCAUUACAACCGAUGAAACCUGGUUUUAUUUAGAUGAAACUAGUGGGAGAAGGAAAGUAUGUUAUAUUAAAAAGACUGAUCCCGAUUAUGAUCGAAUGAUUAUUCAACAAAACACUUCUCGACCAAAAGGCUUUAUGGUAUGGGGAGGUGUAUCAAGUCAAGGAAAAACUACACUUCGUUUUGUUACACCUGGUACGAAAGUUAAUUCAAAUUAUUACAUUAACAAUGUUUUAAAACCAUUUUUAACAAAAGAUGUUCCACGUUUAUUUCGAAAGGGAAAAAAAUUAAAAUGGAUUUUUCAUCAAGAUUCAGCACCAAGUCAUACUGCAAAAGAAACAAUUAAAUUUUUGGAGCAGAAUAAAAUUCAUUAUAUAACACCACAAGAAUGGAUGCCUGCCAGUCCUGAUGCUGCACCAAUGGAUUAUUCAAUUUGGGGACAUUUAAAACAACAACUUAAUAAAACACGUAUUGAUUCUAUUGAGGAACUUAAAAAGAAGAUUUUAUAUGAGUGGCGAAAGAUGAGCCAGACGUAUAUCGAUAAAGUAUUAGCUUCCUGGCCAAGGAGAGUCUUGAAGAUUUAUCAAGCUCGAGGUUCUCAUAUCGAACAUCGAUUGUAA